AUGGCCGAAGCAAGCAGCGCCAGUGUUGGCAGCGGCUGUGAGGAAAAAGGGCCUGAGGGGUCGUCCCCCGGACCCGAGUACCCUGACACUGCCAUUUCGAGGGUCAAGCUUCUCGACACCACGGUGGAUACUUUUCUCCAGAAGCUGGUCGCCGCUGGGAGCUACCAGAGAUUCACUGACUGCUAUAAGCACUUCUACCAGCUGCAGCCUGAGAUGACACAGCGAAUCUAUGACAAGUUCAUAACACAGUUGCAGACAUCUAUCAGGGAGGAAAUCUCCGAAAUCAAAGCAGAGGGAAACCUGGCAGCUGUGCUGACUGCCUUGGAUACCAUUGUGGAGGAAGGCAAGGACAGGAAGGAGCCAGCCUGGCGCCCGAGCGGGGUCCCAGAGAAAGACCUGCGCAGCACCACGGUGCCCUACCUCCUGCAGCAGCGGGACGCCCUGCGGCGCCGGGUGCAGAAGCAGGAGGCCGAGAACAGGCAGCUGGCGGAGGCCGUGCUGGCCGGGCGCAGGCAGGUGGAGGAGCUGCAGCUGCAGGGCCAGGCGCAGUGGCAGGCGUGGCAGCAGGCUCUGCACCGAGGACAGAAGGAGCUGGUGGCCAUGCUGAGGGAGCCGGAGUGA